CGGGGCGCUCGGCCGCGGCCGCCCCCGCCGUCCGCGCCGCCGCCGGCCGCGCGCGAGCUGAUCCAGCCGUCGGUGAGCGAGCUGUCGCGGGCCGUGCGCACCAACAUCCUGUGCACGGUGCGCGGCUGCGGCAAGGUGCUGCCCAACGGGCCGGCGCUCAACAUGCACCUGGUCAAGAGCCACCGCCUGCAGGAUGGCAUAGUCAAUCCAACAGUCAGAAAAGAUUUGAAAACAACACCGAAAUUCUACUGCUGCCCAAUCGAAGGGUGCCCGCGGGGGCCUGCCAGACCGUUUUCUCAAUUUUCCCUCGUCAAGCAGCACUUCAUGAAAAUGCACGCCGAGAAGAAGCACAAAUGCAGCAAGUGCAGCAACUCCUACGGCACCGAGUGGGACCUGAAGCGCCACGCCGAGGACUGCGGCAAGACCUUCCAGUGCACGUGCGGCUGUCCCUACGCCAGCAGGACCGCCCUCCAGUCCCACGUCUACCGCACCGGCCACGAGAUCCCCGCAGAGCACAGGGAUCCUCCCAGCAAGAAAAGGAAAAUGGAAAGUUACCUCCACAACCGGAAGCUGUCCGGCAAGACCACCGAGUCGUCGAACAGCCAGCCGGGCCCGGGAGCCGAUACUCAGGAACUCGAUGCUUCAGACAUAAAGCUCGUGGCCGCGCUAGCCGACGCGGGCAGCCCGGCCUCCAGGAAGCAGAUUCUCACGGCGCCCCCGCGGUACCCCCAGAAGCUGCUUCUCCCCAAGCCCAAGGUGGCCGUGGUCCGGGUCCCCGUGAUGCAGCUCUCCCCCGUGCCUGUGCUCGUGCCCGCGGCCGACUCCUCGGCGCCCCCGGUGCUGCUGGGCAUGGACCACCAGGCCGCGGCGCCGGGCGCCCUGCACCUCCUGCCCCUGUCCAUCGGGACGCUGAUCCUCGGCCUGGACUCCGAGGCCUCCCUCAAGGACAGCCUCCCCCUCUCCAAACUGGUGGCGCCCGUCAGUACCGGCGUGCAGGUGAACCUGGGCAAAGCUGCAGCCGCCCUCUCCCCAGACCCCGGAAGCGCUGGUCAGAAGAGCAGCGACGUGCAGACUGACGUGUCCUACGCCCCGCAGCACUUCGUGCCGUCCGCCCCGUGGGCCGGCCCCGACUCCUCCGUGUCGGCUUGUUCGCAGACGGACCUGACCUUUGGCUCUCAGGUCUCCCUGCCCGUGAGUGUUCAGACCCAGACCCGGGGGCCCGGCACCAAGGCCACCGCCACCAUCGCCGCGCAGACGGACGCGUUCCUCGACGUCCCUUUCCCGCCCUCUGGGAUCUCCAGGGAAACCCAGACCAGCGCACUGCAGAGCCCAGCGGAUGAGCGUGUCCACAUGGACCAGGCUGUGAUGUGUGGGGACAUUUUUGAGACCGUCCCCCCGCCGUACGACGUCGCCACCGACAGCAUCAUCGGCGGCAGCUUAGUCGCAGAGACAGUCACCCAUGAUUUGUUACCUCAGGACCAGCCGAAAGCUUUAGACGUGGAAAAACCCGCACCCAUGAUGAGCUUCGGCGCACAGAACCACAUCCUUCCUCCACAGAACAUGACGGAUAAUCAGACCCAGACCAUCGAUCUGUUGAGCGAUUUGGAAAACAUCUUAUCGAGCAACCUGCCCGCGCAGACCCUGGACAACCGGAGUCUCUUGUCCGAAGCCAACCCUGGGCCCGACGGCCAGCUCCCGGCCGGCCCGGCCCCGAACCCUGCCAUCGACUUUGAUAUCGAAGAGUUCUUCUCGGCCUCCAACAUCCAGACACAGACGGAGGAGUGUGACCUCGGCUCCGUGCCCCCAGAGCCCGUCCUGGAGUCGCUGGACAUCGAGACGCAGACCGACUUCCUCCUGGCCGACGCCUCGGCCCCGUCCUACAGCUGCAGGGCCAGUUCCAACUUCCUGGGCCUGGAAAUGUUUGACACGCAGACCCAGACGGACUUGAACUUCUUCCUGGACACCAGCCCUCACCUGCCGCUGGGAAACAUCCUGAAGCACCCCAGCUUCUCCAUGAGCACAGAGUCGUCGGACACGGAGACCCAGACGGAAGGGCUGGUGGCCGCCAAGAGCCUGCCGGCUCUCGAGGGCAAGGUGCGGCUGAACAGCGCAGAAACACAGACGGUGAGUUCCGGCUUCGAAACCCUGGGCAGCUUGUUCUUCACCAGCAACGAGACGCAGACGGCGAUGGAUGACUUCCUCCUGGCCGAUCUGGCCUGGAACACGAUGGAAUCUCAGUUCAGCUCAGUGGAGACCCAGACGUGUGCGGAACUGCACUCGGUCUCCGACUUCUGACGGGACAGGCCCCCCCGAGGCGCAGUGUCCGGCUCCUGCAGGGAGCCUCGGUGUCGAACGCUCGACGCCGGCCGUGACGCGGGCACUUCCGCUCCUGACAGUUCUUUGCCUUUCGUACUUGUGAACAUGAAAUUUGUGUGUAAAUGUGAGUGUAUUACAACGUGUACUAAGUUGACCUCAACAUGACUGUGUGUUGCCUGUGUUUGCCCUUUCCCUGCUUGUCUUCCCGACUUGAAAAGAUUUUACAUCUUAACUGAAGCCGGGCUCGCCAGCGACGGGGGCUCCCCACCGUUCCGUCCGGGCGUCCCGUCGGAAGCUGCUGUCUCCUGAGGGUGACGACACGUGAGGCUCCACCCCCAGACUCCAGGGUCGUGCCUCAGUGGUUCGAGACUCAUGCUCAUUCUUCGGGAAAACUGCCUUUCCCUCUAGCGACAGUUCUCCUGCCACCAGACCACCCCGUCUCCGCACACCCCAUCCCUGGGACCGCCGUGCAUGUCACACUUCCCUCCCGGGAGCCGUGUCGCUGUAAAUUCCUGCUUCGAGAAAGGGCAGCAAGCGUGUGGUGUCCCGAGACCCUCCGAGUCUCGCCAGCAGUAAGCGCCCCCUGCCCCGCCCCGCCCCCACCCAGCAGGCAGUGAAUUGUAGAGUCGGGCCUGGUGGCCCAUCCACACUGGACAGUCCCUGAAGUGCCCCCACAGGCCACGUCUGCGUCCUGUUGCUCUAAAUGUUUUUAACGCUAGCCCAAAGGACAUGCCCCCGAAACGUCACUACACUUCUUCUAAGCUUGAUAGGGCAAAGGUACAGCAUAGUCUCGUGUUCCGUAUACGUCGUCGUUCGAGAGUGACUCCUCUCCUCAUCCAUCUCUUUCCUUGCAUAAAGACAGGUGUCGGUCUAACAAGGAUAUUUGUGCCUUGAGGAUAGCACAGAGUAGCUCAUUCUGGAAGGGGAGUUUGCGUGCGGUUCAUUUUGUGUCGCGAGGGUAGAACCAGUCACCUUCCGACGAAAUGAAGGUGCCGUCUCCGGGGCGCUCCUAUGCCAGGAAGUCCCGGUUAGGGCCCAGCCUGCAGGAAAGGAGGAUUCAGUGCGGCCUGUAAGGUCUUCUGAGUUCCUUCACACGUGUUGCUGAAGGCUAACGCCUCCAAAUUCAGUCUCGGGGCAGAGCUCCUCGGUCGCUCACGCCGAGUACCCCAGCGUUGCUGUUCAGUCUCCAGAUAAUCACCGAGCGUGGGAAUAACAUAUUCUGGGGAGAUACACACUACCUGGUAGACAAUGUGUGCUUGUUUGCUUUGGCCACAGUUGUUAGGAAUUUGGGUUUCAAAACAAGCAUUAAGCCUUAACUUAGAACUUUUAUUGUUUUAGAAUUGUCACUGCCUUAAUGUUACAAUAUCUAUUUAAGUGCUCCUGGUGAAGGAGAAAUGCAUGUUUGUUUAUGGCUUUUUGUAAAUAUAAACGCAGUACUCUGUUGCUUUAAUUUCUGUUGUUGUUGUUUCUGUGAUGUUGGUUAAUCAGGCCAAUAGUUAUUUACAGAAAAAACUAGAGCAUGUAAUAAUUCUUUAUGUACAUGUAAAAGCUGUUUCCCCACCAAACCUUGGUUAUCUGAAUUGUUCUAAGAUUAUUUGUAAGCUCUGAAACUUAGUGAUUAAAGAGAAGAAAGAAUUCU